AGGAUCCGUCUCUUCGUGAAGUAGUUUCACUUUCUCUUCAUAUUUCCCGAAAGGGAAAACCGGGUAGUAGAACAGCGUCGAAUUGUAGCCGAUGCUUUUCCUUGUCGUACUCAGUAGCCUAAUUUAUCGUAGAUAAAGAGCAAAGGCGAUUCACUUCUUCACUUCGUUCCUCGUGUACAGCUAGGUGGACCUCCUCUCGACGCGUCGAUAGGCAGUGCGUGUAUAACUCCAUUCAGAAAAGCUAAAGAACGGGAUCAUUUUUAAAAACUUGCAGUUUUUUUUUCUGUUCGCACAAGAAUUACCAGUCAAAGGGGCAGGUACAAAAGGAAAACUGCUUACUUCACAUCACAACAAAACCCUAAACGCUAGAGUAAUAGAACAUCAAACAUGCCGACCCUGUUCUUCUCUUACGACCAGCCCUACCACGAUGCGCGGGUGGCGUUGAAGAAAAGACCGGACCCCCGGGAUUUGAAGCGGACCUUUGAACUGGAGGCGGAACGGGUAUCCUGUGUAAAAAUAAUGCCCCUGCUAACACAUACGCAUAUUCCGUUAAAGUUGUAUUGGGAACUGUGCAAGAACAGCAACACAAAUUCAAAUACAGAAGUUUUGCGAGGCAUGGAUGAAAGGUUCCUCUGUGGUGCGGGUGACAGGUAUAGCAAGGAAAGUCGUCUGCUUGAUAUCCUGCGUGCAGAAGUGUAAAUGCCAAAACUCGACUAGGAAUCGCUCUCUACUACAUGGGGAAGUGUAGAAGAUGCGCAUCACAAAUGUUCUUGUGAACGCCAAUCUGCAUGACAUCUACUCUGGGCGGGUGGGGAUGUUUUUACUGAGGAUAACGGGACAGGUUCGACCAGAGCAAGGUGUUCGCGGAGAGGGAAUUACGAGCGGUGUGCUCAUAUCAAAUGUAAAAAUGUCUGGGUCUGGGAGAAUGCAUGUUUGUCAUGCCUGUCUGGCAUGACUCUUAAAUCUGUCAUGCACGUUACCCAAGAGCGCCAUUUUUCUGUGAUACAGAAACGCAGUUUGUCAUGCAGAAUAGGCAACACCUAGAAGCUCAGAAACUUGUCAUGCUGAGCCAGCAUUUGAUGUGGGGUGGCCUCAUCAUGAGACGCCACCCAGCAUCACAAGUUUCCAGACCCAGACAUUUUUACAUUUGAUAGCUCAGCAGCAGAGUUGGGGGAGAAGCAGAAGAAGAAGUACCAAAUAUUUAUGAAUGUGCCGUUUUGAGAUUGAAGAUCGAUGAAGGAAUGCACGCACAGUCCCGCAUGAUCAAGUGUUGUACCAGUUGAUCCUAGUAGCCGCGCAUGACAAAUCGUCACCAAUAAACCAUGAUAUCAAAAGGUACCUCGCAGCCGAUAAAGAGUGGAGGAAGCGACAUCGAGUGGCCAUCCAGUUUAUCAAGUGCAAAUAUGUUUUAAUCUGGAGGAGAUCACUUGUUUGUCAUGCACCUAGUGGAUCAGAUUCAGAUAGCUGGUCUGCACGCAAGUCAUGACAGGUUUUGCGAAUGCUUCUGAAGUAAUGCGUACCCCGCUGCAUGAUCAUUAUUUCGCUUGAUGUGCGUUCCAAAAAGUGAGCCGCUGAUGUGUUUGGCCUCCAUACAAGAGCAAGACGGAUUUUUUUGCGCAUCGCAAGGUGCAGCAGGAUGCACUCUUUCUUGUCCCGACCCAAACAUAUUUGCAAUGCAUCAAAUUGCGGGAAAAAUACGAGGAGGAGUUCGUGAAGAAUAUGCAUUGCAAAUUAUGUCUUGGUCAGGGACAAGCAUAAACUUGUGAUGCUAGUCGUGUCAACAUAGGAAACAGCGAUCCUCGCGUUUGUUGCAUGACAGACCAUGCGCUGCAGCUGACCCGCUUCAUGCACUACAGAUUUCGACUUCAUGAUGUAGUUCAUGCGGAGUUGUAGAUAUAACGCAAUACAAAGUUGCGUUUGAUGCACUUAUUUGUUUCCAGACCCAGACACAAUUGCAACUCAUACAGAAAUCUAUCGUGCAGCUGCAGGAGCGGGAUGAACGUUUGGACCGGAGAAAUCUUCGCCGCCAAUCCCUUUUGGGAACGUAUAGAACAUCUUUAAGGAUUUUUUUUUGUGCUGGAAGACGAAAAUUGCCUGUGCUAUGUAAAAAAACCCUUGAAUGAGAAUGAACGCCCGCGGGUGCACGAAAGCAAAGCAGCGUAUGCAUGUUGACGCAAUAAAUCUAUCAUCAUAUAAUUAUCAGGUACGGCAAUCGGGCGUUUUUGAGUCAGACGAACCUGAUAUCACCUGCAAAUCACCGAGAAGGAUGCUGCAGGUCAAUAGAGUUCUUUGAAUCUGACCCAACAUUUUUGAUGCUGCAUGUGGUCGUGUAGUUGUACCGUGAAGAUAAAGUCGACGUGCUUGACCUGCGACAAAAAAACACGAAGUUCAUGUAUGACCAAAAGCUGCCACAGUUUCUCGAGAUUUGCAUUGCAUAUCCCGGGACAGCGAAAUACAAGCCGAUGGGUUAA